AUGGGCUACUCCAGAAACGGUCAUCGUAUCGAAUACGCAAAGUUCGUCGCCGAAGAAAUAGAACCGUCCCAAGAGUUCAAAGUGUUGGAUGCACUUAUAAAACAGCCAGACGCCAAUCCCUCCGACACGGUACAGCAAAUCUUAAGCAUGACGUAUGACUAUUUAAAAGACCCCAAGUCAUUUGGAUCGUUUGGGUUUUUCUGGCCUGUGGCCAAUGCCUUCGUUGAGCUUGCCCAACGCACAACACCAGACCAACAGCGAAAGCUCAUUGCCGUCUGGAUAGAACUUCAGAAUACUACAAUUCCGGACCCGGACAGUGUCACUGGUGAGCCUUUAAGGCACGGCGAGGAACGUAUUUGGAAUGACCUUCCCCUCUGUGGUGUCACAUUAUGUGAUGAGAUGCAGGCAUAUCGCCCUACGCGUUACCCAACUGAGCCUGAAGAGAACUUCAACUUGCCCGAAGAGGAAGAUCGCUGGGAACGCCUAUCGACUUUUGUUGCGCAGCUCACUGGGAUUUCCAAUGACCCAGAAAACGACUCAUCCAAUAUGUGGGCAAUUUCCGGUAUUGUAGAGGGUCUCGGGCCAUGGAAUUUCCCAACUAUAAACAAUGACCAUGCCGUUCGGACGGCUUGUUUGUGGUUCAUCUAUGCUGGGAAGAAAGUGUGGGCCAAAGUCCGGGAGGGGCAACUCUUUAGAGACAAUCAUCCGAGCGACAAAGAGCAGCCUGCUUACGACCUCGAGCGAUGGGCAGACUGGAAGCAGAAGCUGAGCGAGUGGCGAUCGAGUUGUACGGAUGAAAGAACGCGAAGUAUGAUCGGGGAUGCUUUGGAGCAAAUCAAGCGUGUUGAGCUAGAGUAA